GACCAAACUCAGACAUCUGGAAACUUUUGAAACUAGAGUAAAGCUUCCCAGAUGGAAAAAUACAUCAAGUCCAAAGGUUGGGAAUCAGGAAUGAAGACAAACUAAUUGGGGGAAGAAAAGCACGGGAGAGAGAGAGAACAGCAAAGAAAGAUUCUUGAAAGGUUUGCUGCUGCUGCUGCUUCAGGACAAAGAAAGCAAGAAAGAGGAAAAGCAAGGGAUUUGAAAGUGGGAAUACAAAACGCAAGCUAACAGCAACAACAUUAGACGUCCUCAAGGAUGUCAGCAUCUCGCAAAUGUUUGUGCUGCGUCAAAUAUGUGAUGUUUGUCUUUAACCUCAUCUUCUGGCUGGGAGGAUGUGGAUUGUUUGGCGUAGGAGUGUGGCUGUCCUUCACCCAGUCCGAGUUUUCAUCUCUUCCGCUCUCCUUUCCGUCGCUCUCGGCAGCCAACCUGCUGCUGGUCGCCGGCGGGAUCACCAUGGUAACGGGCUUUCUCGGCUGUCUCGGGGCCCUCAAGGAGCAACGCUGCCUGUUGUGCAUGUUCUUUGUUAUCCUGUUGCUCCUGGUCCUGACAGAAAUCGCUCUAGCACUGGUCGUACACAUCUUUCGAGAUAAGCUGGAUUCCAAAGCACAGGGUGAAUUAAAGGAAGGGAUGAAAAGUUAUGAAUCGGAUCCUGGGCUGAAGAAAUCUUGGGAUAAUGUCCAAAAAAUGUUCAAAUGCUGCGGCGUGACUAACCAAACCGACUGGUAUGAAGUACUCAACGGAACGCUGCCGUCGUCCUGCUGCUCCGUCGGGAUUGACCAAUGCACUGACGGAUGGAAAGGGCUCGUUUACACCGAGCCUUGUUAUAACAAGGCCAGGGACUGGCUCCUGGAAAACAUUCCAUCCGUUUUGGUGUUUGGCGUGUGCGUUGGUGUUGUGCAGAUCUUGGCCCUGGUGUUCUCCAUGCUGAUGUACUGCCAAAUCAUGUGUGCUGAGAAGUAUUUGGACUGAGUGUGAGUGAGCUGCAUUUCCUCUUUGUUACUCUCAUAAAUCAAUGCGCUUAAUCGGGUCAAUACCAUUUUUUUGUCCAUCUGCUUUGGACAAAGUCAAUUAUAAUGAUUGAGAGCUCUUUUACUACAAAGCCAUUAGAAGAUGACUGGAUAAUAACUAAGAGAGAUCUUGCUCAUCUUGCCCUCAUUAGGAUCACGGGUGAGCUCGAGCACACCUUUCGAUGUUCUUGGAAUGUGGGUGAAAAAAUACAAAUACACGCAAGCACAUGUGCACAUUCUCAAGAGCCAAGUCUGGACCGUUUCACUGAGGCAGUUAUGCAAUAACUGGGCAAUUUAAAAAAAAUAAAAAUAAAGACAUGAUCAAAAGCACAUUCAAUUGAAGGCAACUACAGGAAUAGUCAUCCAGAAUAUAAAAUGCAUGGAAAGUGCAAGUGCACAGUAGAAAAUGUAAAGUAAAAUAUGUGCGAUGAUUCAAUACGGGAUCUUUGUCUUACUGAAGGUUGUUUAUCCAACAUGUAAAAUAUGUUAUAAUACCAAUUUGCAUAUAUAUAUUUGUGAUAUGAAUUUAUUUCUGCACUAUGUUCCCAGGCUGCACAGUUAUGGGAGUGUGAUUUGAUGAAUGUUUUUGUUCUGCUUUUUUAUUUGUUAUUGUGCCUUAUGUUGUCUGACGUCUCCUUUUGUUUUGUGAGUAACUCAUAAUUGAUGGCACUAAAUGAACUCAAGUGGAUAUUGCAGAUCUGAGCUGAAAUGCAUCAAAAAGCAUUAUACAGGAUUCCUUCCAGUCAAUAUUUUAUUUCCAAAAUCUUUUUUUUCCAGACCAAGAUCUUGUUUGCAUACAAUCAAGUGAUAAUGUUUUGUAUUGUAUCACAUUCCCUUUGUCCACUCUCAAUUUUUGUACAGUGCAAAACCAGCAAUUUUAUAAUAAAGCUCAUUGAGCAAGCAAA